GAAGUUCUAUUACAACAAAAAGAGAAAGUUAUUGAAGAAGAUAGUUUAGUAAGACACAAUACAAAAGGCUAUUGGAAACCAACCCAAAAACCAAAAUUUUAUGGUAUAAUUCUAGAUAUGGUAAAAGGAGAAGUAAAAGUUUUAGAAGACAAACCAAAAAAUAAAGAAAUCAUUAAGAACCCUAUUAAUGACCUCUAG